UGCUUAUUCCACAAAACCCAACACCCAAAGAUCAAAAUUCUAAAACUAAAACUGUUCUCGAUCGAAACAAAUUAUUUCUACUCGGCCACUGAUGGGAUGUAUCUUAAUCCUUUGCGCCAAUGCCCAGUGAUCAUUCCAUUCUCUGCAAAGAAACUCCGAGUUUGAUAACAUGAAGUGGGUGAAGAUAUUGGCCGUCUGGUUGGUUGGUUUGCCAAUUAUGGUCACUGUUUUGAUGAUUUGUCAAAACCUACAAUCCGAUCGUGUCGGUGGGUUCGUAGGAGACCGGGUUUUUGAAGCCAGUGCUAAUGAACUUGCAUCACUGGGACGAGGCUCAGGAGAUGAUUCUUCUCAAGUUGUUGACACCCUGAAAGACAAACUGCUUGGUGGACUUCUUGCUGCUGGAUUUGAUGAAGAAUCCUGCUUAAGCAGGUAUCAGUCUGCCUUGUAUCGCAAAACUUCCUCGCAUAAGCCUUCUUCUUAG